CAUAUUUUCUAACCAGAAAAAAAAAUGAAGAGUACUGAAGCUGCUCCAUUAUUGGUGAAGAACAAACAACAAUCAGAAAAAGAAGAGAGAGAGAAGAUAAGAUGGGAGAAGAUGAAGAAAGUUUCUUCAAUGGCUGCUCCGAUGGUCGCCGUGAACAUGUCUCAGUUUCUUCUUCAAGCAACUUCUACUAUGAUCGUCGGUCACCGCAACGAACUCUCCCUCGCCGGAAUCGCUCUUGGAAGCUCAUUUGCUAACGUCACCGGUUUUGGUAUCCUCUUUGGUCUUUCGGGUGCGUUAGAAACGCUAUGUGGCCAAGCAUUUGGAGCAGAACAGUAUCACAAGCUCGGAUCCUACACUUUCACUUCAAUGGUCUAUCUCUUCAUCAUCGCUUUUCCGAUUUCGAUUCUUUGGAUAUUCAUGAACCAGAUCUUGAUUCUGCUUCACCAAGACCCUCAAGUCGCCGAGCUAGCAUCCGUGUAUUGCCUCUGGCUCAUACCGGCAUUAUUCGGUUAUUCGGUUCUCGAGUCGCUGGUUCGAUACUUCCAGUCGCAGAGCUUGAUAUUUCCUAUGGUGCUGAGCUCUCUAGCUGCUCUCGCUUUCCAUGUUCCUCUCUGCUGGCUAAUGGUUCACAGAUUUGAGUUUGGAGUCAGAGGAGCGGCUGUGUCUAUCGGUAUCUCCUACUGGCUUAACGCGGUUUUCCUUUGGGUUUACAUGAAACGCUCUCAGACCUGCUUCAAAACGCGGAUUUAUAUGUCCAAGGAUGCGUUUCUUCACACGAAAAUUUUCUUUGAGUUUGCGGUUCCUUCUGCAAUGAUGUGUUGCCUUGAGUGGUUAGCUUUCGAGGUGAUAACUUUGCUGUCCGGUCUUCUUCCCAACCCAGAGCUCGAAACUUCGGUUAUCUCGAUUUGUCUAACGACCUCUACUUUGCACUACAAUUUGGUAAAUGGAAUCGGUGAUGCAGCGAGUACCAACGUGGCGAAUGAGCUAGGAGCUGGGAAUCCACGAGGGGCUCAUGAUUCUGCUUCAGCCGCGGUUAUAAUUGCAGCGGUUGAAUCAGUCAUUGUGAGCUCUACUCUCUUCUUAUCUCGCAAUGUAUGGCCUUAUGCUUAUAGCAAUGUGGAGGAAGUAACUCGCUAUGUCACCAAGAUGACUCCCAUUCUUUGCGUUUCAAUCCUCAUGGACAGCUUCGUGAUCGUCCUCUCCGGGAUUGUGAGAGGAACAGGGUGGCAGAAAAUUGGGGCUUAUGUAAACGUAGCUUCUUAUUAUAUCAUUGGUAUUCCUAUUGGACUUCUAUUGUGUUUUCAUCUUCACUUCAAUGGGAAAGGACUCUGGGCCGGUUUAGUCUCGGGAUCAACACUACAAACUCUAAUCCUCUUUCUUGUUGUUGGAUUCACCAAUUGGACAAAAGAGGCAAAUAAAGCCAGGGAGAGAAUACUUGAUGAGAAAGUUUGGAGAGAUGACUCAUUUGUUAAUUAAGGAACAGUUUGUAGGGAAUGCUAUGAGUGAACAUUGACUGCCCACUGAAUGAACUUGUUUAAGAAACUUCAAGGUUGUGAAAUUUAGUUUUGUCUGUACUCAAUCUAAAACGAUGUUUAAUAUUAAUCCCAUGUUGAAGUUGUAUGGACCUAAAAUAAGUUAUGCGGUGAUUGUAAGUGAUUUUGAGAUUUAAUCAUAUACUUUUAUAUGAUA